GAACUCUCAGUUUUGGUGCUGACGGAUUUUGGAUGGAUUAUAAGUUUCUCUGCAGCUCAACAGAAUAAUAUUUCAGCUGUUUCUGGUUGUCAGACAGUUUAUAGAGAGAUAAACUGUUCUUCACAAAAAUCUGAAUUUUCUUCUCUUUCUCUGAAGUUCAUCAACUCCAGACACAGAGAGCGGAACCAUCAACACGCGGCGUUUGUUUCCACGCUGACACAAACCGGCUAUGGGGGGCAGAAAACACUGCAACACAGUGUCCACAGUGUGGCCGGAGCGUGCUUUGUUUAUUUCACACCUGUAUUCCGACAAGCCACGCCCCCCGGCUCUACCAUUGGUUGGUGUUUCAGAUUGAUAAGCAUAUCAGUCUCCAGAACGGCAGUCCGCUCCUCAGUGAGAGAUAGCAGCCAAUCGCAAUGCAGGAGGCGUGUAGUCGAUAGCCAAUAGCAGUGCAGGAGGCGGAGCUUGACUGAAUACAGGUGUGGAACUAAAAGAAGAAGCGAGCUAAAGGAGAGCAGUCAGCAUGUGGAUUCUGAGCCAAAUCCUCCCCGUCCUGAAGCUCUACCUGACCGGACUGAAGGUUCUGCUCCACCAGCUGCUCCACAGAGCCUUCACCUGUCCAGUUUUGCCCCUGCAGUCAGGAAGGGUGGCGAUCGUUACGGGGGGAGCGCGAGGCCUGGGCUAUGAGGUAGCGAGAAAACUGACCAGCCUGAGGAUGCACGUUAUUAUAGCCUCGCGUGAUGAAGAGCAGGGAUUGGCUGCUGUGAAGAGGCUUCGAGGGGAGAGGAGUACAGCUCGAGUUGAUUUUGAGUUUUUGGACCUGGCCUCUCUGGACUCCGUACGCCGAUUCGUCCGCAGGUUUGAGGACCGAAAGCUUCCACUUCAUGCGCUCAUCAACAACGCGGGCAUCAUGCUGGUUCCCGAGGGGCAGACGGAGGACGGGUUCGAGCUGCACUUCGCUGUGAAUUAUCUGGGCCACGUCCUGCUGACCCGCCUGCUUCUGAGUGUGAUGGUGCGCUCCGGCACGGAGAAAACACACUCCAGAAUCAUCAGCAUCUGCUCCGCCGCUCACUACACGUCCCGCGCUCACCUACAGGACCUGCAGGACCUGCUGAACAGGCAGUGCUACAGUCCCCACGCUGCAUACUCCCACAGCAAGCUGGCCCAGGUCCUGUUCACUUAUCACCUUCAGCAGGAGCUCCAGUCUGCUGGUUUUCCUGUGACGGCGAGCGCUGUGGACCCGGGGAUGGUGGAUACGGACCUGUACCGUAACCUGAGCACCCCCACCCGGCUCGCCCAGCGGCUCAUAGCCCGACUGCUCUUCAGGAGCCCAUCUCAGGCUGCACACACGGCCGUCUUCGCCGCGGCGUCUCCAGAGCUGGAAGGUGUUGGGGGGUGUUACCUGUACGAGGGAAAUCGUGUCCAGUCCUCUGAAGCCUCGUACAGCGUGGAGCUUCAGACCCGGCUGUGGAGAAACACCUGCAGCCUCCUCGGACUGCCCGAGUCCCUGUUAGCGUAGCGACGGCGCUGAUUAGCGUCUGUCUGUGGAGGACGGAUCCCGGCGGGGUCAGAUCAAAGCCCUGAUUUUUGUUUUGUUUUUUGUUUCUGGAAUAUUCCCUUCAUUUCCUUUUAGUCUGUAUUACUUACUUUGUGUUGACAAUCUCUCUCCAUACCGACGGACUGUGAUUGGCUGAUGCACCCCUGCGAUGGGCGGGUUCACAGAGGGAACAUGUUUACUAGGAUUCAUUUGUCUUUUGAGAAGAAGAAGGGCUCAAUGCAUUUUGGGAGGAUUACUGGGACUUCCCCCUCCCACACUGUGACUGCACGUGAGUGUGUGUAUGAGUGUGUGUGUGUGUGUGUGUGUAAGUGAGUGUGUGUAAGUGUGUGUGUGUGUAUAAAACUGCUGUAGCUGCCCUCUGAUCUUCCAGAAGAAAAGAAUAAGCACUUUGCCUGAACAGGUACUGAACUGAACUGUGUCCGCUGUUCUCGUUAACCCCGUUGCGUCGCCCGCUGUACCGCCGUCAUCUCAACCUGCAAACACGGCGAAAUACAGCCUCCGUCUGCGUCGUCGUCUCUCUUGCAUCGUAAACUCGUCGCUCUCCUUUUUAAGAAUCUACGUUGUUCUGUGGGAUAGGAUUUUGUUUUCCACAGCAAAGCUUUGAACGAAUGUUUUGUUCAUGUUUUAAGAACUCAGAGAAGCCAUCGAGGGUCAGGCCCAACCUUAAAUCAAGCUGUUUAUUUAGAAUAUAAAGAAAAUAGAGAGAUAAAAUAAACUUUUCUAUGUUGGUCUUA